UCCUCCCAGCCUGUAUGCUGCCAGCAUCUCUAAAGCACAGCAGGAAGAAAUUGCAGGCACUUUCCUAGUGACUCUGGACCCACUUAUUAGUCAGCUUCUCACGUUUCAACCUUUCAUGCAAGUGGUUUUGGACAGUAAAUUAGAACUGCCAUGUGAACUGCAGUUCCCACAGUGUCUGCUGCUGGUUGUCAUUAUGGAUAAGCUGCCCUCUCACCCUGAGGAUGUGCAGACCCUGUGGUGUGCGGAAAGCCAGAUCGCAGAAGCGACAACCAGGGCGUCUCUACUCAAACGCAUUUUCUACAGUUUCGAACAGUGUUCUGGUGAACUCUCUCUGCCUGUUCAUUUACAAGGAGUCGAGAGUAAAGGGCAAGCUGAGGUUGCUGUCACCUUGUAUCAGCAUGUCUGUGUUCAUCUGUGUACAUUUAUUGCUUCAUUCCAUCCCUCAUUAUUUCCUGAACUGGAGUCUGCCCUGUUGACUGCUGUGCUGGAUGCUAAUAUGAUCACCUCUCUGUUAGCCAUGGAUGCAUGGUGCUUCCUUGCUCGUUAUGGGAGUGCUGACCUCUGUGCACACCAUGUUACCAUAGUGGCUCAUCUGAUAAAGUCUUGCCCUGGGGAAUGUUAUCAGCUCACCAACCUGUCAAUACUACUGAGGCGUCUCUUCUUCUUCAUGACUCCACCCCAACAGGUGGAGUUUAUCCAGAAAUUUUCCCCAGAAGAAGAGGAAAAUUUGUUUCUGUGGCAAUAUAUUUCCUUCCAGGCAUUACCUGCGGAGCUCAGGAAACAGGCUGCACUCGAGGUCUUCAGAACAGGCACUGCACAAUGCAGGGGGUGGCUGAGCGGCCACCACACUGUGGGAGAACUGGAGUCUCUGAACUCUGUACUCUCUGCUCUGCUGGCUAUGUAUAAUUCUGCUGGUGACACUCUGGAUAGUGGACAACAAACUGCAGUUAUGGAGGUUGGAAGCCAGCUUUGGGCCUUUUUGAACAUUAAACUGGUAACAAGUCAACCUUGUGUUCAGCAGACACUCAGCCUUUUACUUAUGCUGUUGGGAUUUUUCAUUCAAAUGCUGGAUCCUCAGCUGAUAAAUCAGGUUAUAAUUUUGCAGAUCUCACUACUUAAGUUGGAGCCUCCAGACUAUGUUCGUUUGGCAAUGCUGGAUUUUCUAUCUUCUCUAGGAAAACUUAUAUUAUCUCAAGCUACCCAGGACAAAAUUCUGCCCAACUUAUCUUCUAUUUUUGCCUUAUUACUAGCUGACAGCAACUGGCUGCUUGAACAACAUGCCUUGGAGGCAUUUACCCACUUUGCUGAGGGGACAAAUCUUGAAGAGAUAGUUCCUCAGUGCCUCAGUUCUGAAGAAAUUAAGAAGAAAGUUGUAGCCUUUCUGGAGAAGACUGGCUUUGUCGAUGAAACUGCAACUGCUAAAAUGGAACGUGUGAAACAAGAAAGGGGUAUUUUCUUGGUGCCCCUGGCUAAAGUUACUGAAGAAGCAGUAAAAUGGUCAUCUUUACAGCCUCAUGCCAAAAAAGCCCGCCACACAUUCCCAUUGGAAGAAGAGUACAGGUCAGCACUGCAAGCGGCCACAGGGGCCUUGGCGGCCAUUGAGGUGCUGGUCCUCAAGUCUCCUGCUCCAGACUGGCUCCUGCUGGAAAUGGAGGCACUCCAAGAAAGGAUGGAGAAGCUUAAACGUGUUGUGCUGCAGGGUAAAACUUGAAUGGACCCCAUCACUAGAAGUGGGUAUGAUUUUUGCCGUAAAUUUUUUUUUGUAAUUGAUGUAAUUAUGGCUGCACAUCUUCAACACAUAAAACAACUUUUGUAAAGUUGAAUCUAGU